AUGAUCGCUUUUAUUUUCCUUUUCCUUUUUCUCCUUUUUGAUCACUUUUUAUACUUUCCUUUCUUUUAUAUUCUCCUUUCUUUCUUUCUUUCUUUCUUUCUUUCUUUCUUUCUUUCUUUCUUCUUUCUUUCUUUCUUUUUCACCUUCUGCUGUCUCUUUUUAUAUUUUCUUUCUUUCUUUCUUUUUCUUUCUUUCUUUUCUUUCUCAUUUUUUUUACUUUUUUCAUUUGCACCAUUCUUUUUUCUUGUUUCUUUUCUCUUUUUCUUUUGUCUUUUUUACAUUCUUUUUUCUUUUUUUUCUUUUCUUUUUUUCUUUCUUUCUUUCUUUCUUUCUUUCUUUCUUUACAUUUGCACCAUUCUUUUUUUUUUAUCCUGUGAAUUCAUUUUUUUUUUUUUUUCUUUUAUAUUCUUUCUUUUUUCUUUCUUUCUUUUUACUUUUCUUUUCUUUUUUCUUUCUUUUCUUUUUCUUUUAUGUCAUCUUUUCUUUCUCCUUUCUUUCUUAUGUCUUUUUUAUCCUGUGAAUUCAUUUUUUUCUUUCUUUCUUUCUUUUUCUUUCUUUCUUUUCUUUCUUUCUUUCUUUUUUCUUUCUUUCUUACAUUUGCACCAUUCUUUUUUUUUUUAUCUCAUUUUUUUAUUCUUCUUUUUUUUCUUUUUUUUUUAUUCUUUUUUUUACCUUCUUUCUUUCUUUCUUUCUUUCUUAUGUCAUCUUUCUUUCUCCUUUCUUUCUCCUUUACUUUUUUAUCCUCUUUUUUCUUUCUUGAUUAGCUUUUUUAUUUUCUCUUUCUUUUUUUAUCUUCCUACGAACUUUUUUAUUCUUCUUUCUUUUUCUUUUUCUCCCCUAUGUGUCACUGAGAUCUUGUUAAUUCACAAAGAUUUAUCUUUUAAUAUCUUCCUUUCUUUCUUUCUUUUCUUUCUUUUUUGUUUAUUUCUCUUCCUGCUUUUCUUUCUUUACCAUAAUCUCAAAUUCUCUUCUUUUUUAGUCCGUCAUUCUCUUCUUUUCGUGUUUUUGAGACAUUUCUUUCUCUCUUUCUUUCUCUUUUUUUCUUUUAUAAUCAUUUGUUUUCUCUCUCUCAAACAAAUAAGAAUGCGGAAACAAUUUCGUCUGGCUAAAACAAAAGCAAGAAUUUGCGACCAACUUCUGUCCAUGGGCGAGGGAGCGGGCGGGAGAAUGCGUCCCCCUGGCAAUGGAAAACAGCUGUUAAUCACUACUUUGUUAUUUGCCAGCUGUGAGGGUGCAAAAUAA